GAGAGAAAUAUGCUUUUUGUGCGUAUGGAACAUUUCUGGGAUCUUUAAAUUCAGAUUAUGAAACAUGGGACCAACACUUUACAUGUUGCGUUUAUAUUUUUGUUCAGUUUACAUAGUACGUUGCUAUAAGAAUAUUUUGCAAACGUUUGAGUCCACUGAUCUGCAUAGCUGCAUCUUGAUGAGUAAAUAGGAGCAUAGCUGUAGAUGAACUACACUCAUGUGAAAUAGGUGUAAAAAUGAAAUGGUGCAAAUUGGGCUACCUUUACGCACCAGAUGUCCAAAUUAACAGGAUUGAUUGAGGGGGUUUAUGACCAAACACUGGACUGGAUACUAUCAAUUUAUGUUAUAAUAAUCCAAAAUUCAGUCUGCCUUGUGUUCAUGUAAAGGUUAUUAUAGUUUUGUGGUUUUAUAUUCAUUUUUUGUCUCAGUUUUCAGAUCCACUUUGCUAGUUUUUAUUUAGUUUGUUUUCCUAAAAACAUUUCUAUUUAGUUUUAUAUUAUUUUGUUUCAGUUUUAGUGUUAAACUUACUGUAUGCCUCCCAGUCUAAACAGUUUGUGUGCAUAUUUUAUGUCAAGCCAGGGUAUUCCUACACAAAACACAGCCCUCAUUGUAAGUCUUUCUAAAAUCCCCUAUGAGAGAAGUUAAUGGUGGAAAAACGACUAAUUUCCCUGUUUGACCGCCAGGUUUUAUGGGUAUUAUGACACCACCAUGGGGCUCUAUAGGGUGGUUUGAUUAAUAUAAAUUAAAUAAUAGCUCAUAAUGUGAGUCCUGACACAGACAUCUGCUUCUCACGGUUAAAAAAAAGACAUCCUCUUGCCAAUGGCUGAAGUCUAACCCCUGCGCAGACCCGUUUCUUGCGGUUCGUUGUUUAACUCGCCAUGAUAACCAGUUACUCGGUGUUCAAGGGAUAGACAUCUUGCAAGAUGAUUUUUUUAGGUUUCUUGGUGAUUUUGACGUCAGUCCAAGCUGUGUCUGUGCCUACCUUCUCCCCCGUGUAUGAGCUGAUGGUGGGGUACGGAGACAAUGUCACCCUCCCCUGUAACUUUUCCUCCUACCUGGGCCAGGAGGAUGAGGGGGAGGUCCGCUGGGAGGCCAUGGGGCAGGAGGUGGCCUCUAUGGAGGUUGGGAACAUUCUUGGUGAGGCCAGAUGGGACGACGGGGCCAAGGGGGUGAAGGUCAAAACGAUGCUGGGGUUUUCUUCCCGGGUGGAAUUCCCCCCAGCAGAGAGGAUGAGAGAUGGAGACUUCUCUAUGACCAUCCAGGAGACAGUGCUGAGCGAUGAGGAAAUGUACGAGUGUAUCUGGCUGGGCCGCAAGACCAUCUCUACGGUCUGGCUCAAGGUUCAGGAGCCCGACCCUCCACGCUCUAUCACGCUGUUCAAGGGAAGCCCGGUCACUCUGCCCUGCUACGCUGUCAUCCCCAAGACCCAGCCCUCCAGCCAGAUCUAUGUCCAAUGGCUGAAGGACGAUGUGGAGAUCAUGACCCUUAACCCUGGCCCAGACAACAAGGGACCUAAGGAAGAAGACCUCCGUCUCUCUCUCCCACCCAACAAUCUGCUGGAGAACGGUGACCUGUCCUUGUUUAUCUACAAGACGGCGCUCAAAGACCAGGGAGUCUAUCGCUGCUUCUACAAGUCCAGGGGCUUCGAGGACCCUAAGAGUGGGAUACCAGAGGGUGUCUCUCUCACCAUCCUAGAUCCAUACACUGACUUAUAUAACUUAACAGGAACAGAGAAUGUCACCAGUAGCUCAGACUUCAGUGGGACUAGCGGUGACAGUGAGACCCCAAUAACAUUCUUCACUUUGGUGACCCAAGAUAAGGAGGAUAUGCAAGUGACAUCAUCUGAGCCAAUACUAGUGCAGACAGAGAUGACACCAUCAUCACCUGACACAACCUUCGAGGAUCCAGAAGACGUGUUGGCAGUGUGGGCAAAGACCCUUCCGCUUGUGCGUAUCGGGAUAAUCACUGGGGUUCUGCUGGUUACAGCUCUGAUCUUCUUCCCUCUGCUGGCUCUCAACAAGAUCCCAUCCUAGACCCACAUUAGGAAGAGAGGGUAGACGCAAGGGUUAGGGCAAGGUCAUUCAAUUAUGGUUCUGGAGGGCUGAAAAACAUUGUUUUCAUUCUCUUUUAAUCAGACUGAUUCAGAUCUGGGUCUAUCAGGUGACUCUUGGCCAGUCAAUUACAUCAAAUGAUAAUUCAUUCAGGACUAGUAACCUUUUAAAGUGUAUACAGUGCAUUCGUAAAGUAUUCAGACCCCUUUGCUUUUUCCACAUUUUGUUUCCUAUUCUAAAAUAUAUUAGUCUUUUUUUUCUCUCAUUAAUCUACACACAAUACCCCAUUAUGACAAA